AUGGCUCCUGGUGAAGCUGCUAUUGAGACCGAAGUGACGAAACAACGGGACACACCGUAUGCUGCCCAUCUCAGUAGACUGGUUCCUUCCAGAAGGCAGACGGUAUCGGGUAAAGGCGACAAACUGCAUUCCGAUAGCAAAGAGAUUCAAGAGCAAAAAAGUCGAAGGAAGCCGCCAAAAGUCGAGGAGGAGGCUGACGUGGGAGGAGGGCAGGAUUCAGAAGCAGACGAGUUGGAAAGAGAAUUAAUGAUGCAGCAAAGCCCACCCGUACACUAUGUCAUAAUGAACUAUCCACUUCGAAUACGGCCGUACACACAAGAGAUAUCCACAAAUCGGGAACGAGAGAAGGAACAAGAAAGCGGUGAAAAAGAAGGAAAAGCAGUAUCAGGUGAGCUUAACUUUGCGACUAUAAAGUCUUGUUUACUGUCCUAUCGAUGCACCUAUUUUGAGAAUUUGAUUACUGAUGGAAGAGCUGGCAGACCUACUUUCGUGCCCGUUCAGUUUACGCCAUCUUAUUGCAUAAGUGACUUUCAAUUAAAACGGUAG